GAAGCGCCGCGGGGCCCGCCCGCCGCGCAGGCGCCGCGCCGCCAUGUUGUCCCGGCGCGGGGCGCUCCGCCGCCAUGUUGGCGGCGCGGGGGCCGUCAGCCCCGCCGUGACGACGCGGGGCAGCGGGGGCGGCCGCCGCCAUCUUUGCUGGGCGCCACCGCCCGGGGCCGCGCCGCCGCCGCCGCCGCCGCCGCCGCGCAGGGUCCGCCCGCGGCGCGGUGCUGCCCGCCCGAGCGCAUCAGGCCCGGGGCCGUGGUCCCGCAGCGGGCGCGGGGACAGGGAGGGGGGCGCCACCGGCCCCGCACGCACACGCCCAGCCGCUCCGCCGCCACCCGGCUCCUCGCCCGGGAGGCGCGGCCACAGCCCCGACACUUGCCGAGUCACCGCCGGGCGGCCGCGGGGCGGGGCCGGCCGCUGGCUGGCGCGGGAGGGCCGGGCCGCCGGGCGGGGCCUGCGCCGCACCAGGACCAGUCGGCAGCUCCUGCAUCCCGCGCUCCGAGCAUCCUCCGGGCGGGGGCCGGCAGCGCGGCGCCUCCGCAGCGGGCUCCGCAUCCCGCCUGCCCCGGCCUCAGCUGGGCCAUGGCGGAGAUCACCAGCGUCCACCCGGGCUUCGAUGUCUCUCCAGUGGUGGCAGGCCUCAUUGGUGCUACUGUCCUCGUGGUUUCUGUCUCAGUAACAGUUUUUGUGUGGACAUGCUGUCACCAGCAAGCAGAAAAGAAGCACAAAACCCCCCCGUAUAAGUUCAUUCACAUGUUGAAAGGCAUCAGCAUCUAUCCGGAGACCUUGAGCAACAAGAAGAAAAUCAACCGGAUCCGGAGAGACAAGAAUGGCACUCCCAAGGAGGCCGGAAGGGGAAACCUCUUGGUGGAUGCUGCUGAAUCUGGUUUAAUAGGCUCUGAGAAAGCUCCAGACGGGCCAAACGCAGCCCCUCACGUCGACCAGCUCCCAAUAAAAGUCGAUUAUGGAGAUGAACUAAGUCCAGAUCAAAGCCUCACUCCGGGGGGAAGCAAAACCUCCUCCCCAUCUUCUCCAGGGGACGAUGUCACGUUGGGUGAACUGACUUUCUCAGUGGACUACAACUUCCCUAAGAAAGCUCUGGUAGUUACUAUCCAGGAGGCUCACGGGCUGCCGGUGAUGGAUGAGCAUACCCAGAGCUCUGACCCUUACAUCAAGAUGACAAUUCUUCCAGACAAAAGGCAUCGAGUGAAGACUCGUGUGCUUCGCAAGACACUGGAGCCAGUGUUUGAUGAAACCUUCACCUUCUAUGGGAUCCCGUACAGCCAGCUCCAGGAUCUGGUGCUUCACUUCCUCGUGUUGAGCUUCGACCGCUUUUCUCGAGACGAUGUGAUCGGAGAGGUCAUGGUGCCCCUUGCAGGGGUGGAUCCGAGCACUGGCAAGGUCCAUCUCACCAGGGAGAUCCUCAAAAGGAACAUACAAAAAUGCAUCAGCAGAGGGGAGCUGCAGGUCUCCUUGUCUUACCAGCCCGUGGCUCAGAGAAUGACUGUCGUGGUGCUGAAAGCCAGGCAUUUGCCAAAGAUGGACAUCACUGGCCUCUCAGGUAAUCCCUACGUGAAGGUGAACGUUUACUACGGCAGAAAGCGCAUCGCGAAGAAGAAGACUCACGUGAAGAAGUGCACUUUGAACCCCGUCUUCAAUGAAUCCUUCAUUUACGACAUCCCCGUGGAUCUGCUUCCCGACAUCAGCAUCGAGUUCCUGGUCAUCGACUUCGACCGCACCACCAAGAACGAGGUGGUGGGCAGGCUGAUCCUGGGCGCGCACAGCGUCACCGCGGCCGGCGUGGAGCACUGGCGCGAGGUGUGUGACAACCCCAGGAAGCCCAUUGCCAAGUGGCACAGCCUGAGCGAGUACUAGAGGUUGUAGGGCAGCCUUAACCCUUGUUUUAGCUGUAGGACUAAACCUCGGUAAAGCAGCAGCAGCUGAUGGGGUUCUCUAGUGAUGUGAUUUUUUGCAGGGCACUCAGAUCCUAAAGAGCAGUGGAUGAAAACCCAGAAACACAGAUAUAUAUAACAGUGUACUCACGCUAUUGCAUGCCUAAUACAAACUGAACUUAGUAUUAACUACCAAUAUCAAGUUGCAGAUUUUAAUACAAUUAAUUCUCUGUCACUAUGGAAGUUGUGUUUGUGCCGAACUGUCUUUGCUGGUAUUCACCAAGAUUGGCCUGUCUUUAGUAGGCUUCUCCCAAAGUUUAACCUCUAGUUUCUUGUUAGUUUGCCUGCCCAUUGGUUCUUGCAGUUCUGUUCUUUGCUGGUUUGGGAGCACCAACCACAGUUCCAUGUAAAGGUGGUUUAGAAUUCUGCACUAGCUAAAGGGAAACCACAGGGAAAUGGCACUUUCCUUCAGGGAAGAAAAUUCUCUUGUCAGGUCCUGGAACUCUUGCCACUGCCACGUACUUCUUGUGGGGCUCUGAGGGCCCAGAGCAGAGGUUUCCAUCUACAAUUCACACCCCACCAAAGUGAUCACUUUGCUUUUGCCACGUGGAAGUUGCAGGGACACGAUCCCCCAGCCCAUCAGAACGCUCUAUUUAACCCUGGCAGUGCUCAAGGCCAGGUUGGACAGAGCCUUGGGUGACAUGGUCUAGUGUGAGGUGUCCCUGCCCAUGGCAGGGGGUUGGAACUGGAUGACCUGAAGGUCCUUUCCAAGCCAAACCAUUGUGUGAAGGGCCCGAGAUAACCAAACACAAAGUGACGUGUCAGUGAUGGGUCAGGAAACUCCUGCUGAUUCUUUUAAACGUGGGAUUCCACACGCUCAGUUCUGUUACAACAGCCUAAUGCAGCUGAGACAGGAAAACGGGGUUUGGGGGAAAGAAGCCCAAAGCUUCCCUUCAUUCAGCUUGGAGUCAGUUUGCCUUAGAGGUGAUGUGUAGCCAGCUCCAGAAGGGAGUUAACACAGGGCAAAGCCUGGUUCAAGGCAGCUCGAGUUGGUUGUUCAGUUGUGAGGCUUCCCAUAGGUUCCCAUCACCUCGGAGGUGUGAAGACCUGGAGCACUCAGGCUCUUCACCCCAACGGGUCAGGAGUUCUGAACAGAAGUUCAGCAAGUUCCACAAAUCCCAGCUUGGAAGUGGCUGCAUUAGAUCUGGUGUUAAACACACCGAGACACGAGACAGCAGCAUCCUGGCAAGUCACUUCCUUUGGCUUCUUAGCACCUUCAAGCCAGGAAAGACAGAAGGGUGAUGAGUGGCAGCAGGUACUUGAUUGUAGCCAUUGGUGGUAAACUGAGCAGAACUAGAACCAGGCUGGAGGAAUUACAACUACUUCUGCCCUCUGCAAUGGAAUCUGAAGCAGAAGUCAGCUCGCAAAGAGCCUUUCAGUUGGCCUUUAGUUGCUUCCAGGCAGCCAGUCUGUUCUGUGCCCUGGGGAAUGUCCAUAAUGGAUUCUAACGAUGACAUUUGAAGCUCAUUUCGCUACUCGCAGGCCUUGACUCCUGAAUUUUAGAGCCCUGUUGGAAAAAUGAUCCUUCCCCCCUUCCUACUAAUGAAGGUAGAACGAUGAAGCGAGUCUGGCUGGGGUCCCUCUGCAGCCACACGUGAAGCAGCAGGGGGAGGGCUCCUCAUGCACAAGCAGCACGUUGGGAGCUGGCAAUACGUUGGCAUCUCUUCCUUCUUUUUGGAAAGCUGGAUUUUCUCACUCAUUGGAACUUCCUUCCAGGCAGAGCCUCUGCAGCAGCAGACAUUGCACAUUCCUGCUGGAUUGAUCCUAAACAAGGAUUUCUGCCUGAGGUUGUAGAUUGUGUCUUUAAUGCUUUUCUAGCUCAUGCUCUUCUGGUGGCUCAGAGCCACAGCCCGAGUCUCCCGGGGACACGGGGGUAGCUCUAGUUCAAUCCUAGUUUUUGCACUAAGCGAUUGUGUUGCUGCAGUUUAGCGACUGCCAGGACUUUUCCUGGGAACAUGCUUUCCAGCACCGCUCCAGCCAUCGGGAUGAGGAGGCACCAGCACCACCCGCGACGCUCCCUCCUUCCCCUCCGGUGUGAAAAGCAUGCUUCAGCCUAGAGGAUCUCCUUAACAUUCCUUUAGUUGCAAAGGAAAAGCUGAACUUCUUGGCAAGGAAACACGCUCAGGGUACAUAGACGUAGGCUCUCGGGCAGGUAGGAGCAGCUCCAACCCUCUAUGGAACAAUAGGAAACUGAAGAUGUGCAGAUAUCUAUAUUUUUAAAGCAUCAAGUAGACAGGAAGUGACAGGAACUCACUGUACAUCCCCCGCUGUGGUUGGUCUUUACCUUCUCGUGUCUCCUCGUGUCAAAUUAACUUGGAAACUUACAACUUUGUGUGAAAAAAAGGAAAAUAAAAGGAAAAAAAACCUAACUGGACAUGUGUGAAUGUGCAUCAUGUGUGAGCUGAUCCAUGCGUGAGCUAAUCCAUGUGUGAGCUGAUCCAUGCCGUGAGCUGAUCCAUCCGUAAGCUGAUCCAUGCCGUGAGCUGGUCCAUGUGUGAGCUGCUCCAUGCGUGAGCUGAUCCAUGCCGUGAGCUGAUCCCUGUGUGAGCUGCUCCAUGCGUGAGCUGAUCCAUGCGUGAGCUGGUCCAUGCUGUAACACAAGCUUGUCUGUUGGAUUUGUUAACGCACACGGAGCGUGCAAAUAAAACUGGAAUCACUUUA